AUGUAUGGCACUGUGUCUCAAACUGACCAAGAGGAGGACUAUCGUUUCCUUCACAGCACAUUGAUGGAAAAGAAGCUCCACCUGCUGUUUAAGAUCCACGAGCAGCUAAGACGUUUCGUGAAGCGAGGCCCUAUACCUGUCCAAGAUAGUGCAACCUGUCUCGCCUCAAAUUUAUUUGAAGAUCUGAUCCACCAUAAAUGGAGAGAAGAAGUCAAAGAAUUAUUCACUCUGUUUUCCAAGCCUCAUUUCAAGUUUCUUUUGCACGUGCACGAUGCAGUCGCUCAGAGAGAUUACGAGCCUUUUCUACCAGAAGUACCUGAUGGCAUAAUAGAUGAUGAAGAGGAUUCAGUAAAGAUUGUCAGUCUGGUCAAAACCAAGGAACCACUGGGUGCUACGAUUAAGCGGGAUCAAACCACAGGGGCAAUUGUUGUGGCAAGGGUCAUGCGAGGAGGUGCUGCCCAUAAGAGUGGCCUGAUUCAUGAAGGAGAUGAACUAAAAGAAGUAAAUGGCAUCUCACUGGAGCGCAAGAAGCCAAAAGAAAUUCUUCCUCUCCUGGCACGCGCUAAGGGUGACGUUACAUUCACAAUUAUUCCUGCUUCAAUAAAGCAAGAGGUGACAGCCAAUAAGAAGAUGUUUGUAAGAGCUCUCUUUGACUACAAGCCAAGUGUGGACCCUGCUGUCCCAUGCAAGGAUGCAGCAAUUACUUUUAAGAGAGGCGACAUCCUCCAAAUUGUUUCCAUGGAGGAUGACACCUGGUGGCAAGCCUGCCAUGUUACUGGUAGUAGCACGCAAGCAGGGCUCAUCCCCUCACAGCAGCUCCAGGAGAGGAGAAUUGCACUACAGCGACCUCAGACCUUGUUCAAGCACCAAAACAUCAAGACAGUGGAUGACGUCAGCGGGAGAAUGGUUUUUUCAGUUGAGGACGAUGUUGACUAUGGAGCUGUAACUGGAAUCCACAUUGCUGGUCUAAGGAGGAGUUUCCGAUUGGGAAAGAAGAGCAAUUGGGCCAAAGAAGCACCUCGGUCCAGAAGGUGGAGCUCAGGAGUUCAUGACUCUAUUAGUCCGCCUACCUACUUAGAGGUCAUCCCUUACCAUAAAAAUGCUAAAGAAAAUCUCAGUCUUGUCGUCUUUGUUGGGCCCAGCGGUGUUGGUGUCAACGAACUGAAGAAGAGACUCCUGAUCUCAGAUCCUGACCUCUAUGGUAUAACUGUACCAUACACCACACGUGAGAAGAGAAGCCAAGAGACUGACGGGAUAGAUUAUCAUUUUGUAUCUGUUCAGAAAUUUGAAGAGGACAUUCUCAACCGCAGGUUUAUAGACUAUGGGACGUACAGAGGUCACUACUAUGGAACAAGUCUGGACUCGGUUCACCAUGUGUUAUCUGAAGGCAAAGUGUGCCUACUGGAUGUACAUCCUUGUAAACUCAAGCGUGUCUACACACUUGAAUUCAAACCAUUUGUGGUUUUUGUGAAACCCCCACGUAUUGAGGAAUUACGCCUCACCAGGAGAAGAGCAAAAUUCAUCUGUGAUGAAGAGGACACGAACCAAGUCAGGAUGUUCUCAGAGGAAGAUUUUGAAGAUAUGAUAUACUCAGCCGAAACUAUGGAAGAACAGCAUGGUCACAUGUUUGACGAGGUUAUCGUUAAUGGAGACAUCGCCAUGGCCUUCAGGGAACUUAAGGCAAACCUCCAGCAGCUUGAGGAGGCACAGGUCCGCUGGAUUCCAGCAGAGUGGCUUUGCUCCUCACCUACAAAGGCAAGGAGGAGUUGUGGUCUUUUAGCCGGCUGGAUUUGA